AUGGUUCCUAUACAGAGUGGUUCAGGUCCUGGUGGAUGCAUUUAUGAGUUUUGGACUAGCGCGAUGAUUGAGAGACAUGCAAACUUAGAAGAAGCAAAAGUUAUUACAAAAGUUUGUGAAUUACAGGUAAUGGAAAGCCGCACGGCCAUUGAUGUUAUGGACAAGAGAAUUUAUAAUAUUAAUACUGAUCAAAAACCGUCAAAUUCAAGGAGAAGUGACAAGAAUGACGCUGUCUUAUAUCAGGACAACAAUGCUACAAUAUAUAUGAACAGGGAUAUAAUGAAACUGGCACGUAAUGGAGUUGAUGAUCUAAAUUAUCACUUCUUACAAUAUGAAAAAUCUUCCAUUACAAUAGCUAAAAAAAUUCAAAUCCAUCAGCAUCCAUGGUUAUAG